AUGGCAGACUCAGAAAGGACAGAGGAAGAUAGAGGGCCUGACGGAAAGCAGAUCCACAGUACACCCAUGCAUUCGCAAGCUCCGACACAGAACGAGAAGCUCGCAGACUGGGCUGCUAGUCUAGACACCGAAAAGCGCAACGCAGUUAGCGAAUAUGUCGAAAUAACAAAGCAAGACGUCGAUGUUGCCAUUCAAACUCUCAAAGAGUGUGAGUGGGAUUUGAUCGAAGCCGUCGGGGAGUUUUUCGGUGAAACCAAGGGACAACAGGAUCAAAACGAUGUUGAUAGUUCGCUUCCCGACAUCGAACCCAUCCAUACUUCAAAGAUGGUCAUUGCUCGUCGAUUCAGAAUGAAAGAGACUUCGUUGCAUGAGAGAGUCUUGUUUAGAACCACACGAAAGAACGGCAAAGAGAACCCGAGGAGUCCGAGAGCUGCGAUUAUCGAUACGAUUGCUGUGUUCAGAGACGCGCCCUCGACCCCUGGCACAUCAUUUGUACGCAUGUUCACAUCGCCUUAUCCAGACAAGCUCUGGUACACGGGUUUCAUGAGACCUUAG